AACCAUUAAAAGUACAACAACAGAACACAAACAAACACAUACAAUAUGAUGUAGUAAAUCUUUAAUCUUAAAAUUUCUUGUCAAAAAAUCAAAAUUGCAUUAAAGCCCAUAAUAAUCACAUUCAUUCACUUACAUUACAUACUCUCUCUCUCUCUCUCUCUCUCUCUCUCUCUCAUCCCAAUUCCCAAUUUCUGUGGCGGCUCUCUCUCUACUAAUUCUCUUCUCAGAUUGAGAUUUGGAUCCAUCAAUUUCCCUUCUUCUUGUUCUUCUUCACCCGAUCUCUUUAUUGGGUUGGGUUUCAAUUUCAUAGCCAUGGUUGCCCAACAGCCGCAACUUCAGAUUCAGACUCAGCAACCUACACCUUCUCCUCAAGAUGAAGCUUUGAAGAGGAACACCGAUUGUGUUUACUUUCUUGCUUCUCCUUUGACAUGCAAAAAGGGAAAUGAAUGUGAGUACCGCCAUAGUGAGUAUGCUCGAGUCAAUCCUAGAGAUUGCUACUAUUGGUUGAAUGGUAACUGCUUGAAUCCCAAAUGUUCAUUUCGUCAUCCGCCUCUUGACGGGUUGUUAGGAACACCAACAGCAACCACUCCUGCUGGAACAUCGGUACCCGCGCCACAGAUUGCAGCGACAUCUGCAGCGCAUGCACCUUACAAUUCUAGUAAACAAGCCGUCCCUUGCAUUUUCUUCCAAAAGGGGUAUUGCUUAAAAGGUGACAGAUGUGCCUUCCAGCACGGACCGAUUCCUAACAAUGGCAGUAAAUUAGCUACACAGGGCUCACUGACCAACCAAGGAGCUGAGAAUCCAAGUUUUAAGAAACCUUUUGGCAGUAUUGAAAAACAUACGCAGGAAAGGAAAACUUCACAAGGAAACGUUGCAACUUUUGGAGGUGCUGAAGCUAAACCUGUCCAAAAAUUUGAAACUGCUCCGCAGAAAAAUAUAUUUAAAUUGGAGAAGCGUGUGGCACCGCCACCUGCAGGGUUUGAUAGUGAUGCUUCGAGAUUUAAGACACCUAGUUCUCCACCGCCGGCCAACGGGCCAAAUGUAUCCCGGUCUAAUCGUGUGCAUCAACCUCGUGUGCCGGAUGAUCACAGUUUCCAUAGUGGUAAGGACAGCGACGAGUUUCUCAGAGAAUCGUCUCCUGGGUUUGAUGUUCUUGUAGCUGAUGAGCUUAGGAAUUCUGAUUACUAUCAUGGGGAAGAUGAAUUUGGCAAAGCAAGAGGUCAAGAUGAAAGAGGCCUAGACUCUCUGAAUGAAUUCGAUGUAGGGCAUUCUUCUGAUUAUAGUUUAGCCGCUGAUAUUGAUCGAGAAAGAUUUCGUGGGCCUCAAGGUUAUGACUCGUAUGAUCACUUGCAAGAGCCAUAUGGUUGGGAUCCUAGAAAGGCAUCAGCCCAUAUAGAAAGAAGAACUCAUCACAGAUCUGGCAGUCCUCCUGACAGUGUUGAGGUGUCAGAUCUUCGACACCGUUUAUCCAAGCGCAGGAAGGGCAAUGGUCUAAAAUCUGUCGUUGCUCAUGAUUAUGCCCUUGAGAGCCAUGGUGAGGAGCGAAGUCAUCGAUUCCCUCGGAAGGAUUCACACCGGUUACCUUCGAAUGAGAGACCUGUCAAUAAUCGUUUCCGAGGGAGAAUAACACUUCCACCAAAUGGUGGGGACGGUCACCUAGAGAGGGACUUAGACAGAGGAAGGGACAUAGAGAGAGGAAGAGACUCAGACAGAGGAAGAAUCAGUAGCAGGCUAUCAUCUGGAAGGCUGCGAACCCCUCCCGAGGGAAGGUUCCACGAUAGAAUGAGAGGAAGGUUGUCAGAUGAUGAGAAGGGAGAGAGGGGAAACUUCAGAGGCCGAUCGAUGGGGGACCGAAGUGGGUUCUCUGCGCCUAAAAGUCUUGCUGAACUUAAAUAUGGGAGGAGCACUGAUAAUAAUGAGCAACAAUCAUUAGGAAAGAGAAAAAGCUUCAGGGAUCACCAGCAAUAUGAAGAUGAUGUACCAUUUGAAGGUCCAAAACCUCUUAGUGAAAUUCUGAAGGAAAAGAAAGGGGUCGGAGCUGGCGAAGCCUCCUCCCAGAGUCAAAAAUCAGCCUUCAAUAACAAUGAAGGAAUUACCGAAAACGGAGCAUUGCCCGAAACCGAAACCAAGGAAGACGAAUCCAAGAUUCAGGCUGCUGACGGAGUUGAAAAUACUGAUGCAACUCACGGUCAAUCAUCCGAAGAUGGAAUGAUAUACGACGAAGCUGCCGAAGAUCAGGAGUAUGAAGGUGAUGAUCAAAGAGAGGAGGGAGACUAUGAAUAUGAGCAAGGUGAUGAGGAGUACGACUACGAACAAGUCGAGGAAGGCGAAAAUCAAGAGCAAGAAUAUAUGGAAGAUGAAGAUGGGGAUGACUUUGCCAAGAAGAUUGGUGUUGUUCUUUCAUAAUUAUUAUGGAGAAGUUCAUAAACAUGUCUCUCUCUAUGAUGACUUAGCAGCAUUUUUAUGCUUUUGCAUGUAGAACUGAAUUGGGGCAUCUCAAUUUAUUUUCUUUGUAUUAAUUUUUACAGUGUUUUUGAAUCUGAUUGAGUGGAUAUUCUUAUUGUAAGAAAGUGGGGGCAUUUUGCUGUACUCUCAUGCAGAGUGCAAGCCUGUAACGUUAGAGAGUUAAUAAGAUUUGCAUUUACAAUACAGUUUCUUUCUAUAUGA